AUGUCUUUGAAUCAAAUGCAGAUCAAGCAGGAAAUCACCCUCCCACCUGGCCUGAGCAAAACUAUUUCAAAGCAAAGCCAAGAGCCUGAGCCGUGCACUGAGCCAGUCCCAUGUCCACAGCAGCAACCUGAAGUCCAAGCCCCAACACCUUGCCCAGAACCAGCCCCAGUAGUAGUGGUACCAUGCUCAGAAAAAACAGUACCAUUGCCAACACCAGUGCUGGAACCAUGCAAGGGAGAAACACCAGUGGUUGAAAUACCCAGCUGUCCAUCCCAGGAGCAGCAGCAGCAACAGCAAUGCAAGCUACCACCAACUUUCCCACCUGUGUCAUGCCCUGAGCCUGUUCCAUGCCCUGAAGAGAAAUCAGUGUGUAAAGAGCUGCCUGUGCCAGCCCCUGUUUCCUGCUCUGAACCAACUCCAUGUGUGCUGGAGAAGCAGGAGUGCAAGGACAUCCCUGCGCCAGUUCCUGUUACCUGCUCAGAGGAUGCACUGUGUCCCCAAGAGAAGCAGCAAUGCAAGGAGAUUCCUGUACCAAUCCCUGUUCCAUGCCCUGAACCUGCACAAUGUCCCCAGGAGAAGCAAGAGUGCAAGGAGAUCCCUGUGCCCACCCCAUGUCCUCUAGAGAAGCAGGAGAGCAAGGAUACCCCUGUGCCAAUCCCUGUUCCAUGCCCUGAACCCACACCAUGUGCCCAAGAAAAGCAGCAGUGCAAGGAGACCCCUGUGCCAAUCUCUGUUCCAUGCCCUGAAUCUGCACCGUGUCCUCAGGAGAAGCAGGAAUGCAAGGAGAUCCCCGUGCCAAUCCCUGUUCCAUGCCCUGAACCUGCACCAUGUCCCCAGGAGAAGCAGGAGUGCAAGGAGAUCCCCAUGCCAAUCCCUGCUCCCUGCCCUGAGCCAGGGAAGUGCUCCCUUCCAGAGGAUUGUCCUCCCAUUGAGCAGCAGCAGUUGAAGCAGCCCAGCCAGUGGCCACCCAUGCAGAAGUAA